AUAAUAAUAAAACAAAAUAAAAUAAAAGAGUAUUUAAUUAUAAUUAUAAUCGAAAUAAUUUAAUAGAUGUUAUAAAAUGAGAAUUCAGGUGCAAAUAUAAGAGAAUCAAAAUCAAUGUCAUAUGAGAGUGUGAAGUUUGAUUCAUCACAAUCGAAUAUACUAUAUAUUACUGAGAUUACAAAAUUGUAUUAUGAAUAUGUAUUUACAUUAGUUAGAAUCCCGUUUUUAAGAUUGCCCCUUUGGAUAAUUUUCAAAGUUUUAGUGAGAAUAAAUAUUCUCAUAUAUUUAGUUCUAUUAUUCAAUCUCCUAGACAAGAGGAAUAAUAAAACUUAAAUUAGUAAGGAAUUUAGUAAAUAUCCAAAAAGAGAGCAUUUUCGUUAACAGAAGUUGAAACAGGAAAAAAGGAUCAUAGAUAGAAUACGUCAGGGGAAAUAAGGGUAAAGAAGAAAUUUACAUUUAUGACAACAAGAGAAUUAGAAUGUAUAAGGAAAGAGUAAGAGAAUUAAUUGAAUGCUGAAACGCCAAAACUGGGAACAAAUUAGUUAUAUGAUUCAUAAUUGAGUGUAAAAUAGAAAGUGGAUAAAUAAAUAUAAUAUUCUCCAAGACAUCUAGAUGAUAAGUUGAAUGAGAAUUAAAAUUUUGAUGCAAAGUAAACGUAAACAACAAAUUGGGGUUCAAUUACAAGUAAGAGUGAAUUAGAUUAAAUAUUGAAAGAAUGUUUAUAAAAUUUUGAGAAGAAUAAGGCAUAAAGAACAGAUGAAUAUGUAGCUUGCAUUAUAUUUUGAUACAUUGAUAUCAUGAUAUAUUUAUUUAACACGUAAUCAUUUAUUGUCAAAUUAAUGUUCAGU